UUCUCUCUCCAGAAAAAAAUACUCUGUUUUUUAUUUCUUUUAUUUCAAAGUGGAUAACUUCACUGCAGCACAGCCCCUAUCUUUCCUGGCAUCAGGCUGCAAAUCUCCCAGGUUCCACUAAAGAGUUCAAUUGCACUUAGAAAGGCCAUCAGAAAUGUCUGCUCCAAAUUAAACUUCUAGGUUAAAAAGACAGCAAUGCUGAAAAUACUCAGGAAACAAAGUAGCAUAGAGUUAUUUUUCUUUUUCCUUAACUGUGGCUUCUCCUCCACUGAACUUGACAGUGCUCUCAGUCUUCUGUUUCACUUCUUGUAUUUUUGUCCUCUCUUCUCUCCUUUCAUCCAGGAUUUUGUGGAGACAACAUAAUACAUUUUCCAUGCUUUGAGGUGCUUGCUGUAGGUAAUUCAGGUUUCAGAAGAUCACUGCUGUCAAGAACACCAUGAAUUUUGUACCAGAUUUGAGGUCCUUUUAUUUAUACAACCAAAAGCUUUGCCGGCACACUGUGGAGACAGUGAAUGUCUACCUUUUCUGGGAGGUGGCUCUUGAGUUAUGGGAAGUGGUCCAUAUUUUCCAGGGUCUCACCAUGCACAUUUACUGUCAGAAAGUGGUGUACAGCAGGAAAAGGUUGUUAAAGGACUAUUGUUUUAUGGAUUGAGCAUAAGAUGCAUUAUCUUAUAUACUUCAGUGAAUGUGUCAAUGAUGAUGCGAGGUUGGAGUGACCUUAGGUUCUGGAGCAGAGGCAAUGUAGGUGGAACAGUUCCAUAUCAGUUCUUGUAAAUGAGCUCCUCUCUAGUCGGAAGCUUAUUGGAGGUGCGAAGAGGUGUAGCACUAGGGCAAGAAAGAUUGAAAAAUGUGUUGGAACAAUGACACUACCUUUCUUCAUACUUGCCUGCACUGAUACUGAACCUGCUGUGAACCUGUUUGUUAGGAUCACAUGCAGAAUCAUGAAGCAAAUGUAUAAUGGAACUGAAUUUCUGCCAGUGCCAAAUUUGAGGAUGCGCCACAGACCUUCAUUUGAUGCAGUAAAAGGCUUCAGUGAAGUAGAAAAAGGCUUUUGUUUUUUUUUUGUGGUUGGUGGUUUGCCCCUGCAUUUCUCCUGGAGUUAUCAUCACAGUGAUGAUCAUGUCCAAAGUGUCUCCAAGCAGGUGGAGUCCAUUCUAUGAUCCAGCGAGCACCAUCAUCACCAUUUAUCAUUCACUCUCUCUUGGUCUGCAUCCUAUCACUGAUACUCUGUUGCCUCCGUUCCUUUCCCUCCUUUGCAACUUAAAACAUGUCUGUUUCUUAACUUCUUCUAGUUAUGAUGAAAGAUCAUACUAAAAAAAGGAUAUACUUGCCUUGGAGGAAGUGCAGCAAAAAUCCCCCAUCUAAUUUCUGGGAUGGCAGGUAUGUCAUACAAGGGGCGAUAGAGUGAACUAGGUUCGUUAUACUUCAGAAUUUAGAAGAAUAGGAGAGGACCAAAUGAAACACUGAAAAUUCUUCGACUGCAGAUGUAGGAGGUGUUUCCACAACUGACGAAUAUAGAACCAAGGUUCACAUUUUCAAAAUAAGGGGUAGGAUUCUCUUCGCUGAAGGCUUUAGAGACUGAACAAGUGAUUUAAUUCAAAACUGAGACUGAAAGACUUUUGGAUAUCAGAGGAAUAUACGGGAUAGGGCAAGAAAGUGGAAGACAUGCCAUGAUCUUGUUAAAUGGCGGAGUAAAUUGGAGGCCGAAUGGCUUUCUCCUGCUUCUAUUUCUUUCGGUCUCCAGAAUUCUGCCUCGCCUACUAAAUAUUUAGGGGAGAAGUCGGUUUAGAAGAAAACCAGGCCGACUCCAACCUCCUUCCUCUUCAGUCCAAGUCGACUCUUCCUUUCAAUCCGCGGACCUCCCCUGCAAUGCACGCUGGGUUCUGUAGUCCUCUCGUCGCGACGGCCACGCAGGGGUGUGAGAGGCCAGACUACAUCAUCCAGAAUCCACCGCGUCAAAACAAAUGAAGGCAGUGACGCAGGGUCUUCUGCUGAGACCAUCGUCUGGAAGUUUGUCCCGGAGCGCGCGGUGGGGGUGGACGUUCCAGGGGAUGAGGGGUGGCGCCCGCUUAAUGCAACCAUGAGUUUCUGUGCAAAACGUGAGGUUGCAACUUGAAAUGGAGAGAGUCGGUGGUGCUGGUAAAGGCAAAGGCUGCGAGGCCGUGGAGCGCAGUAACACCUCCAGUCCCGGGGAAGUUCAGCUGGAUGGAUUCUUGGGAAACCAAGGUCUUUACCGAAAGAGAAUUGCUAAGGAUGGCUCUUGCCUUUUUAGAGCGGUUGCUGAACAGGUCUUCCAUACGCAAUCUAAACACCUUGAAGUGAGAGGAGCUUGUGUCUCUUACCUGAGGAGGAACCGAGAACAGUUUGAAGCCUUCAUUGAAGGAUCAUUUGAUGAAUAUUUAAAGCAACUUGAAAAGCCACAGGAAUGGGUUGGACAAGUAGAAAUCAGUGCUCUUUCACUCAUGUACAAGCGGGAUUUUAUAAUUUACCAGGAACCAAAUAGACCUCCUGCCCAUGUUACUGAAAAUGGAUUUCCUGACACGAUCUCAUUAUGCUUUUCAAAUGGAAACCAUUAUGACAGUGUCUAUCCUAAGAAAUUUGUAGAAGCAGCAGCCCUUUGCCAAUCCAUUUUGUAUGAAAUGUUAUAUCAGAAUGUACUUAAAGUUGAUGUUGAAGCAGUAGUAUCAGCACUGGAUGCAAACAGCAAAGUAAAUGAGGAUCACUUCAAUUCCAGCGAAGGUUCUGAUUCUGGCACAGAAAUGGAAACGUCUAGGGGCAAAGCUGCUGAUGAAAAUGAUGUGAAUGGAUUCCAGUCCCAGUCAUGUAAUAAAGUCCGAAAGAAACAACAAAAGAGAAGUGAAAACACAGCUCAGAUCUCCUUUCCUAGAGAGAUCCUCCGAGCACUCAACCCAAAUAUUUACAGAAAUAUUGAGUAUGAAGUUUGGCAGAAAUCAAAACAAGCACAGCAGAAAAGGGACUACUCUAUUGCUGCUGGGAUGCAGUACGUUGUAGGGGAUAAAUGCAAGGUCUGUUUGGAUGAUGGUAAGUGCUACAAUGCACACAUUCAGGCAGUCAGCCCUGACAAUGGACCAGUUGACGUCUACAUAGAAGAACUAGGAGAAAAACAUAGUGCCCUUCUUCAGAACCUUAGGCCACUUACACAAGGUUCUCAAAAGGGAACCUGGAGCAGAGUUCAAGGAAAAAGAGCUAAGAAGGCAGUGAAUGCCAAUUCUGAAGUUGACUUCAGGGGAGUGAAGAAUUCGAGCAGUUUUAUAAGUAAGCCAAACCGCUUACAGUCAAACUUACCACCACGUCUGCACCAAGCAAUGGCAGCCAGACAGCACAGCUCUACACUGCAGACUGCAGGUCAACAACCCAAAGUGUCAUCACCUGAGUACGUAGGGCGACCUGAGGACUUCCCGCAACUCUCAAAAAAGACUAUGCGAAACCUAGAAUCUGAUCAGACAAAUGCAGAAUGUACAGACGUAAAUCCUUCAGUAAAGUCUGAAUCGGGGAAGAAUGAGGUUCAAGUACCAACCAAUAUUCACCUGCGAGUUGAGAAAUCUCUGGCUACUUUUGAUAAACCUCUGGAGAAGGCCCCUCACACCAGAACCGAACCGAUAGAUCCAGACCUUCAAUUGGAUCUGCAGACACCACAUCCUUCUCCUUCCUCGGCAUCAUCAGUGACUCCACCUGUGGUUCCAGUACAUUUGCCGAGUCAAUCAGCCGGUAAGAAUUCAUCACAGACAAUCAUUCCCUCUGUAACUUCAUCUGCAGUGACUCCCAAUCCAGCUGUAUCACAGGCUCCAAUGACCUCCGUCCUGAUGAACCCACUUUGUGCUCCUUUCCCUGGAGCUAAUCUGCCACGGAUGCCGACAGCUCAGAUUCCCAGCACUUAUGAUCUAUUAUACCCUGGAUUUGCUAUGAAUGAAAGGGGCGAGUACCUCACUAGUGCACCUGUGUAUUCAUAUAACAAAAGUGGAGCAGACCUUCCAGAUGAUAAAAGCAUUCUACGUUUUUUCUACAACCUUGGUGUUAAGGCUUACAGUUUUCCAUGGUGGCCACCAUAUUCGUAUCUUUAUCCACUGAACCAGGCUUAUUUGAAAAAUUGUGGAAUGUAUCCUGGUUGUCCUGCUCCGAUAUUUCACGCAAAUCCUCCGUUCCAGGCAGUGGCUGGGCAUGUGCAGAAUGAGAAUGUUGGAGCCCCAUUACACACGUCAAAUCCUCAGGAAAUCAAUGCUGCUGGUCGGUCAAAUGUCAGUGAUGAUAGUGGCCAUUCAUUAUCACCACAGGCAGCUACCAGGCAUCUGCCUCAUGAAAACAAAUCUGUUCCAGUCUCACCAAACCCUGUGCAGCCCCCUCAAAAUUUUAAUCCUCAUUUCCCGUAUCACUUUCCUAACUUGAUAUCGGAUGGAACACCGCUCUCUGGAUGGGUAGCACCUCCACCCCAGGGUUUAAUUCCCCAGAAUGCACACAUGCACACUUUCAAUUUUCAUCCUAUGUACAUGACUGUACGAGGACAUGUAUAUCCACAGCAAGUAAAUGGUGGGACCUCAGUAUGUCCAGUUGACCAGAAGGUUGGUGCACCAGAUCAAUGUGUGCAGAUAGCUGACAACACUGAAAGUCCCAAAUUAGAGGAAUCGGAGAGGCACCCACUGGAAUUCAGCCAUGCUGGAGAAGAUAGGCUCUCUCGGGUUCAAUCUGCUUUUGUUAAGGAUCCUCAGCUUUUUUCAGAACCUGUUGGUGGCAUCAGAGACUUGUGUCCCUCUGAUGUUGAGCAGCAGUCAUCUCCUAGUCCCCAUGAAGAGUGUGUGAAGCAACACUCAAUCAUUAAAAGAGAAAUGGAGCCAGAUAAAGCAAGCUUAAUUUCUAAUACAAGGCUUUCCAGUGUAGAUCCGAAGAAUAUCGAGCCACAAAAUCUUGCAGGAGAUCAUGCAAGUCAUUCAGGAAUAGAUAGUCUGCACUUAGAGGUAAAAUCCAAAAGUGAUUUCACUUCUCAAAGCAGUGGUGAAUCAAAAGUUAAUAGUGUAGAGCAGUCUGUAGCAGUCACCUCUAAGAAUCAGAACUCCAAGAACAAUUAUAAAAUGUCUGGCACCUUGUGCAAUAAACCUGUGCAUUUUUACAAACGGACUUCAAGAGAGAUGAGUGACUACACAAAAGAUGAUAGUCCUUCAGAAAGGAAUGUACUUCGACGUACUCCAUACAUCCAUAAGAAGGGAGAAAGAGAAAUGAGUAGGAAGGAUAAACAAGGCAAGCCAUGGUCAUCAGGAAGUACAGGUUCCUUGCAUGAUAGCAAUAUUGACAGGACCAGUGAAGCAGUCACAAAGGGAGAUAGCAAGCCACCUACUAGAGACAGAAUUGUACAGAGAUCUGAAAUGCAUAUAGGUCUUGGUGGGCAUGAAAACUUGCAGAUAAAAGUGGAAAACCAAAGAUACUAUAUGAGUGAGAAUAGACAUAGUGAAGAAACUUUUGUCAACCGGAGAGAUGGCGAUGCAAAACAGUUUCAAAAUCGAAUGGUUGUGGAAGAUACCAGUGGUGUACCGUAUGAAGGGAAGCGCAAUAGUUUUAGAAAAAACAGAUAUAAAGAUAGUGGGAAGUCUAAUACUCAUAUAAGAAAAUGAUAAUGUUUUUUAUAAUUAUUAAUUUAACACUGGUGUAACUAGAAAGAUUUUUGAAAGGAUUUAUAGAAUUUUCUUUUUGAAACAAUUAGCAUCAUGUUCAGCACAGACAUCGUGGGCCAAAGGUCCUAUUCCUGUGCUGUACUUUCCUAUGUUCUAAAUGGUCUUUGUCUACAGGGGGAGACCAUUUUCCCUGUUGUGCUGUGUGACUUAUGAAAACAUUUUCCAUUUUAGUCCCACAUCCCAGCCUUUACCCUGCAAAUUGGUCUUGUGUCCAACUGCUAUUUGAAAAUUAUGCAAAAUGUGUUUUCAUCACUCUUUCCUUGUCUUAACCUUAAAAAAGGUACCCUCGUUCCUUUGUCACUUAAUUUAAAUCUGUGUCCUCUCAUUACUGAUCCAUUUCCUGCAGAAACUGCUUCUACCGCCACUAAAAUGCUCUGUAAUUUUGAACACUGUACCUCUGUUAGAUUUCCUUUAUUGAAAGCAAGUGACCAAUGGUUUUCCACAAGGCUCUGUACUGAAGACUCAACUAUUACUAUAUAAAUUCCAAGGUUGGUGAUAAGUUUAUAAUAAGGAGAAUGCAUAUUACAGUUACAAAACAUAAAAUUACAAAGAUCAGGUGGCAGAUGGAUUUCAACCCAAGGGAGAGGUAAUCUGUAUUGUCUGAGAAAUGGAUAGUCUAAGGACUUCAAAAUGAUUUGGGCUUCUAGUAAAAUAUAACAGCAGUCACAAAAAAACAUCAAAUUUUAGAUUUUAUUUACAGCGUGGUAACAGACCCUUCUGGCCCAACGAGUCUGCGCUGCCCAUUUUAAACCCAAAUUAACCUACCCGUACAUCUUUGGAAUGUGGGAUAUAGAUUUAUAGAAUGUCUGACUUUCCCAACAAUAGGGCUGGAAGUGGUUUUGUCGCGGUUGUACAGUAUAUUCCUGGCCAUAUCACAUUUCAGUUAUUCUGUAGAGUUCUGGGUGUAAAGUCUUGGUGUGUAGCACAGGUUCACCAGUAAAUUGAGGUGUUCUAAAUUAAGAGAUUACAUUAACUAUUGUAUUUUGAAAUGUACACGUUAGCAGGUGAUUUGAUGAUUUAAGGUUCUAAAAAAAAAUAUUGAUAGGUUGGACAGAGAAACUUUUUUUGCUGAUUGGUAAAGGGGUUGAAAGUCAGGUAGCAGGACAUUCAGAUAUGCAUUAGAGGGGGAGAUGAGUGUGGAAAUGUGUAGCUAUCUCCCACAAAAAGCAGUAGAUGCUAACGCAAUUGGUAAUUAAUGCUGAGCUGAGAUUUUUUUUCCUUGAGAAAGGAUAUUGUGUGAAGCUCUACUACUCUUGUUCCUUAUGUUUCCUAACCUUCUCUAAGAAUAUUUCCAGCUCCUCCGUUGCCACUUUAUAGCUGCAAGCACUCAACAUGGAUAUCAUUCCUCUUAAAUAACCUCUUCCAUUGUGCUGAAAUCUUUCUUAAUUUGGUGCCUAGCACUGCUGAUGAGGUCUAACUCAGUGAUACACAAGUGUUUAGCAUGCUUUCCUUGUUUCCAUGUCAGUCCUUGUUACAAGUGUCUAGAGGAGUAAAUGGAUGAAGUAGAAUCAGAAUUAGUUGACUUGGGAAUAUUUCAUUACACGUUUAAAGAAAAUCAGAAGACUUAGUGGGAAAAGGUUAGUCAUGCCUACAGCUGAUGAUUCUUUUUCCACAUUCUCAUGAUAAUGAUUUUAUCUUGCUUUGAGAUUUAUUUCGUCAUCUGCAAGCUGCCAAAAGUAUGAAUGGACUCUUGAUUUUGUUAGUAUAGAAAUAUUUCCUUUUAAUAUUAGAACUUUACCCUAGUAAUAUAGAGGCACAAGGGUGGGAGGAAUUCCAUAUUCAAGAUAACAAAUUGAACAGGUGUCAAACUAAUUGAGCUAUCAAAGAUUUAAAACAACAGUUUGUCAAAUGGCCUCUUUCUGUGCUACGAUUGCAAUUUUAAUAGAAUUUUGUCAGUAUCUGUCCACUAUAACUGCAACCAUGAUUGCUUUAGUACUGUCUUGCCAUUUAGCUUUUUUCCAUUCACUCCUACAUCCCUGUCCACAACCUCCAUGAAAAUGUGAAUCUGGAAAUACUGGGGUGGCCUUUUUCCUUCUCAGUGGAGAUUUAAAGGAAAUCUACAACACUAUUGUUACUCAGCUAUCACUGCUGUGAUGCAGCAAUUGAUUUGAUUUCAAAACUGGGCUAAUUCCACAAAUAGGAACUAAGUACGGUACAUUUUUAUGAGGAAUAAAUUGCUAGUUCUGCAGGAGGCUGAGAGAAGACACCUUGAACACUUUUUCUACAUUAAAUAAUUUAAGAGUCCAAUUUAAAAAGAUGGUGUAUUGUUUAAGAAAUUUAUACUGAGUAGUAAAUGUAUUGAAUUGUACUUGCAUGCAAAGUACCACAACUAUAAACAAAAUAUUCAUUUAGUCAAGGGGUUGGUUAUAAUGUUAGAAGAUGACAAUUUAAUUCUUAAGUUCUGCACUGUACAUAUUCAGGUGUAGGUGUAAUCUCCUGUUCAGACAGAUGAUAACCAUUGAACUGCUAAAGCAAACAAUGAUAAGGUAGUAAAUAUGUGGUGUUUGGCUUAUCAAAAUCUGGCAGUUAUUUUUGCUUAAUCCUUAUGAAAAUUCUGUUUUGUCUGGCAAAAUAGACAACUUUGCAGGUUUUGGGGCAUUUAGCAAAUUAUAGAAUCCUCUUUUCAUUGAUCAGUCCUCUAUAUAACUAUAGAAAUAACUAAUAUUCAGUACAAGUUGCUUAGCCGUUGCCUCCUUGAGAUUAACUUUCUACUUUGUAUGGCUCAGUUGAUUUUCUUUUUUGAAGCUAAGGUCUUAUGAACUAUAACCUUAAGCUCCUUCCCCUCUUGAAAGCAACACCUUGCUGCACCUCUUUUAAAAAAAAAUUUUUUUUUCCUUUCUCACAAUUAGAGGAUUUUUGUGCCAGGAUUUUACAUUUUACUGUUUAAGUUUGUUUUCAUUGCAGAGGUGCCAUCGACUUAGACCCAGAAGGUCCCAUUAUAAUGCACGCCUCCAAGAUGACCCUGUGACUUUACUGUCAUGGGGCCAAACAAUUACUAUUGCAUUUUGCUUUUUUUUUUGCUGAAGCCCCUUUUCAGUGCUACCUUGUGCCUUUACAUUGGGAUGCCAAAAUCUACCUCAGUUAACUUCAUACUGCUUAAUGUUGCAUAUUUCCUCAGCAACUUACUGAUCACUGUCUUUACCCAACUGCUCACAAAUGCUAUUGUAUUCCAAUCGAACAUGACCUCCCAGGCUUACUGACAGUUUCUGAAAUACUUAAGUACAUUUCUAUAUACAUAGCUUAAAUCAUUAAUGAUAGCAGUAGUCCAUUUGAAGAGACAAAUGUGACAUUAAUUGUGUGUGAUAUUUAAGGCAAUUAACUAAACAUUUUGUUAUUUAAAUGGGGGCAUAUGUUCUUGUGAAGUAUGCUUUUUUUAAAAUGUGGAGAAUCUCAGUGUUGAGGUUUUAAGUGUUUAGGUAGUGAGCCAUUUGUUGUGAGGGUAUUCAUUCUCUAGCAUUUUACAACCACAGCUUUAGAAUCACGAUUGAAAAUUUCAUAAUAACUUUAUUUUUAUUAUUGGCCUUCAAUUUUCCCAGCAUUACUGAGCUGACUAUUGGUUCAGUUCAGUCUCUGUACAAUUGAAGGUCUGUAAAGAAAAUAAACAAAGGUAUAUUGAAAUUUACACUAGAUUGUAAAGCAACCACUUGAAGUACAGACACCUGUCCAGCCUGCAUACUUUAAGCAUGGAAUCAUAGAAAUUUACAACACUGGUUUGGAGCAUUAUGUACUUGCUGUCCUGCCCUAUGAUCUCUAAAUUAUAAUCAAAGUAUUAGCAGCACAAAAAAGCCAUUUGGACAAUUGUAUAUGCAUCUUCUGAGAAAAUAUUUGCAGCUGUGGCAUCAUCCUAUAAAUACUGUCAUGCCCAAUUUGUAUGCAUUUGAUUUUCAUAUCUUUUAAGUAACUGUACCUUGAUUAAGGCUAUUCUAAAUAUGACUAAAAUUUUCCUUUUUGUAUUUUUAAUUAGUUCUAUAUUAACUAUAGGAGAACACUACAAUGAACAUUCUAUUUUAAUAAAAGUUAACUAUUAAUAUGGCAACUUUGUAAAAUCUUUGCAGGGAUAAUAUUGCACUGGCACUACUUAAACAUCAUUGUGAAAAUAUUUACAGUGUAUUGAUGAGAGACUCUGUUUAAGAUAACUGUUACACUUAUUGUGGGAACAUGUCCAAAUUAGAUAUUUUCACUUAUGGACACAACAGCACAGACUUGUGGACAGACUAUAUUAAUGAUAUAUUUCAGUAGGUGAUUAGUUAUCAACAAGAAUGCUGACAGAUACUUGUAAUAAAUGUUGUUUGAUCCAUUUAUUAUUUGUUGGACUGUUUUCAUUUGGAAAUAUGGUGUUAACUGCAUUAUGCAUAACCAUGUUACAUGUUUUACUGUGUAAGGCAAAAGGGAAUGUAAUGUAAUCCAGAAUGGACUUUUAUUUUGCAAAUUUCAAACCAUAUUUUGUAUGUUUUUAUGUGUAGUUCCUAUUGAUUAUGGAAAUUUGCUUCAUUUUGUACUCCAUGAUGCUUGAAGAAUUUGAAAUGGGUGCCUUGCAUUAAUAAAAUAACUG